GCCGUCAUGGGGAACACAGAGAUCCAGUUUCAUAGAUUUUUUCCACACUUUGGCGUAACGCCCCGGUUGCUAUGCAUCUAAUUCCGCCUCCUCCUCUAACCUGCUCCUGGUUGGUUGCUAAGGGAUUGCCGUAAAACUGUUUGAAGACGGCGGGAGAUUUUUGUUUUCGCGGCAGGACGGAGUAGAAGAGUCAGACAGAAUAUUUCAAAUAAAAAUAAAUAAUUAUUAAUGUUAAUUUAAGUAAAUAUAGAUUUAAAAAAACAAGACCGUUAAGGAAAAAAAAAAGAGUUGAAUUUAAACCCAAAGCGAUGCCGGUUCCCACGAGCAAGCAGCUUUCCGAAGAGCUGUCCGUGUUCGAUAUAAAGUGUGAUGACGAUUUGCUGGAUAAAAUGCUGGAGCAGUGCAUCACACACAGGAUUCAGGAGGAUGACGUGGUGCUGGAGUGGGUAGCGUUCAGCACAACACGAGGAGGCCUGGCUCUGUCCCUGGACAACCUGCACCUCUUUGAACUCGAGGUGCUGAAUAAGAAGGUUUGGAAGUCCAGGCAGACUGCAGUGAAGAAGGAGCACCAGAUGUCCAACACCAGAGACUUCAGCAUGCAAGAGCAGAUGCAAGCAGAGGUGGAAGAGGAGGAUUUGUUGGACUCGUACUCGACCCCAGCUAAAGGCUCCCAGAAGAGGGCCUUGUCCACCCCGGAGAAUCCGCAGUCCAAGAGGAUCCUGUCUGUGGCCCCCAGCCCUCGCCUGCUGUUAUCACCAGCCAGCUUCUCCCCCAGUGCCACUCCCUCUCAGAAGUAUGGCUCGCGUGGCGGUCGUGGGGAGGUGGUCUGCUCGUUCGGGGCUGUGCAGGGCACCUGGAGGGGGCUAGGGGACAGCAGUGCCCAGGUGCAGCUCUACCAAGGGGGAAAAGACUCUGUCACCAAGAGCUACAAGUUCAUGUUCCAGAAGCUGCAGGACAUCAGAGAGGUUUUGAUGUGCAAGAUUGAAGACCUGGGUGACGUGCUGAAGAACCAUUUCAACAUCGAGGAGUUCUCAUCGACUUCAGCACCUGCGCAGGAGCCGGUAGUCCUGCUGGGUCAGAUCGGCUGCGAUAGCAACGGGAAGCUCAACUCCAAGUCUGUGAUCUUGGAGGGGGAUCAGGAACACUCCUUCGGAAUGCAGGUGCCAGUGGACCUCUCCGAACUCCGGGAGUACUCCCUCUUCCCAGGCCAGGUUGUAGUGAUGGGGGGGACCAACAGCACAGGCAGGAGGCUGGUGGCUUCCAGACUCUAUGAGGGGGUGCCACUACCAUUCCACAAACCAAAGGAGCAAUCACAAGAAGAUAUGCUUGAAGGGGCUGGGCAGCACAUGGUUCUCGUGGCCUGUGGCCCCUACACCACCUCGGACAGCAUGAACUAUGAGCCCCUGAUGGACCUGAUUGAAGUUAUCAAGAGGGACCGGCCAGACGUCUGCCUGCUGCUGGGACCUUUCUUGGAUUCCAAGCAUGAACAAGUGGAGAGCGGUCAGCUGACAGCCACGCUGGACGAGGUGUUUCGACGCUGUGUGAAAGCGAUUGUCGAAGGAACCAGAGGCUCUGGCACGCAGCUGGUGUUUGUCCCGUCGCAGCGUGAUGUGCAUCAUGACUUCGUGUUCCCCCAGCCUCCCUUCCACCCGUCCCACCUCUCCCAGCUGUCCGGGGAGGACAGACAGCGUGUUCUCCUGCUCCCUGAUCCCUGCACUCUGGACCUCGGCGGCGUGGUCAUCGGGGUCACCUCCACGGACAUCCUGUUCCACAUGGGGGCCGAGGAGAUCAGCAGUGCUGCUGGUGGGGACCGAUUCAGCAGGAUUCUGAAACACAUUUUGACACAACGAAGUUACUAUCCCCUGUACCCCCCUGCGGAGGAGAUGAAUGUUGACUAUGAGCAGUUCCAGGCCUAUGCACAGCUUCCUGUCACCCCCGACAUCUUCAUCACUCCCUCUGAGCUGCGCUACUUCAUCAAGGACGUGAUUGGCUGUGUCUGUGUGAACCCCGGGCGGCUGACGAAAGGGCAGGUGGGCGGGACAUAUGGCCGCCUCUUUAUCAAGCGGGACGCCUCAUUGGAGCAGGGGAUGGAGAUGAGGAGCCCCUGUGCUGCUGCUGAGGUUGUGAAGAUCUGAGACUAGAAAUUGGACUGUCAAUCACACUGCGCUGCCUCCCGCCACACUUUAAGACUUUUACAACCUGGAGAGAGAACGCGAUCGCCAGCUGAUACCUCAAAUAAAAUUCUGCCACGUUUUGUGUAAUGCAGGUAAAACCCAUGCUUGAGUCUCAACAUCUCUCGGCAUUGUUGUUUUUUCACGCUGCUACACGUUCCAAGUCCCGUAAGUUAAUAAGUCUCCUAUUAUAAGAAAUGUCAUCUCGUGCAGUUUGGGGUUUGUCUGCUCAAACUGAAAUUUCUGUUGUGUCAAGAGACCCUCCACACGACGUAUUAACGUAUUAUAAAUCACAAGAAAGAAGAUUGCACUCUGGAAAUACUGUUAAACAAUACAAUAAAUCAAAUGUAUUUGA